UAAUUAGCCUUCUUCAUUCUUAUUAUAUGGUUGUGUUGUGAUAAUAAUUAACAGCUUCAAUAGAGCUUCUUCUGAAAUUCACAAUGGGGAACUGUCAAAGAGUAUUAUUAACAGGGAAGAGAUCUCCUCAUCAGUACUACUUAAAGACUUCCCUAGCCAUUAACCACUGUUUGAAUGUUUCUAACCGCUUCAAUGGAGUUUCUCAGGGAAGGAGGUAUUACACGGAUCAGCACUCCUCUCAUAAAAGAAGCAUGAGCAUCCUCAAAUUGUUGUAGAAAUUGUUGCAAUCUUGCUUUGUCUGAAGGAGAUAAAAGCCUCUCUCCAUUACAGCUCCUGCAAGAGAAUAGUACUUUCUCGUUGGUGGUAAAAAGCACUGCCCUGGCCAGAAGUAUCAUCAUCAUCGUUCAUCACUCCCAAUGGCGACGAUCACAGAGCUCUCGAGACUUAUCAGAGAUCAUGGUGAUGAUGAAGAAGAAGUUUGGAUCACACACUAUUCAUCCAACCAUCAGAUACUUCUAGUCGGCGAAGGAGAUUUCUCAUUCUCCUGCACCUUAGCUACUCGUUUCCGCUCUGCUUCCAAUAUAUGCGCUUCCUCUCUCGACACAUACGAUGAUGUGGUGAGAAAGUAUAAGAAGGGAAGAUCAAACCUUGAUACUUUGAAGAGACUUGGAGCUUCCCUCUUACAUGGAGUUGAUGCAACCAAACUCCAACUACAUCCUCAUCUUAACUGCAUAAAAUUUGACCGUAUCAUCUUCAACUUCCCUCACGCUGGUUUCCACGGCAAAGAGACUGACUCCUCUCUUAUAAAGAAGCAUAGAGAACUGGUGUUUGGAUUUCUCCAUGGUGCAAGCCAUAUGGUCAGGGCUGAUGGAGAAGUUCAUGUCUCUCACAAGAACAAACCGCCUUUUUGCCACUGGAAGCUCGAGGAGCUCGCUAGCAAAUGCUCUCUUGCGUUGACACAGUGCGUGGCGUUCGAGAAGAGCGAGUACCCUGGUUACGAGAACAAGAGAGGAGAUGGGUCUAGAUGUGAUAUGCCUUUCCUUUUGGGAGAGUGCACUACUUUCAAGUUCAGAGUCUCUCGCGUGGCUAAAGAGUUUUAUGCUGAGAAGCUGAAAGGGAGAGAGAUGAAAAAACGAGAAUCAAAAUGUCUCCAAGCACAACAAAAACAGUUACAAGGUGUUGGACAAAGACCAGCGCUUUCUUUUGGUCUCAGCUAUCACCAAGACCAUAACCUUAGGCAAGUGCACGAUCUUUUGGUUCAAUCAAGACAAUUGAGAACAUCUCCAUUGGAUCCUCGUGGUGGUUGCCGAGAACAUAGAUGUUCACAUUUUGAAGAUGCUAUCGUUAGCUCAAUUAGAGCUGCAGGUCAAAGACCAGAAAUGUUUAACCAUGACCGGUUACAAGAAAACUCAAUGCAGCUGGACCACCCGCUCAGAUACACUGAAAGAAGCUCUCAUGACUUUCUUUUUCAACCUAGUCACCAUCGUCAAGAAGAACGAUGCUUCCUUGAAUGCUCAAGCCGAUUCGAUGGAGUUCCGCUUGAUAUUUAUAUCAGGAGAAUGCAAAGAACGUUAACAAAGACGACCUUUCCUCAUCUGUACACUGAAGAAUCACAAGAAAGACGCCGUCAAGAACCAUUCUUCCAACGCUCUGACAGUUUAAAUGGAGUUUCUCACGAAAUUUAUAACGGGGAAGGAGGUAGAUCAAUGUUAACAAGUGCCAGCUUUCCUGGAGAAUCACAAGAAGGAUGCUUGACUAGGCAAAGCAACCUCAACAUCUACCACCCUCCACCGCUCUGGUGACGACUGAACUUCUUUGAUGGAGGAGACAAACAAGGUGGCUGAAGCUUAGAGUCACUAAAAAUCGCUUAAGAAUUGUAGUUGGCUAUAACUACUGACAAGUACAACUCAAAACCGCAAUGAUCUCAGUAUGGAGAUAUUAUAUUUAACUAGGAUCGACCCGCCCUACGGGCGGGAUAUAAUUGAUCUAUGAUCUAUGUUAAUAUUUUUUGUAUAAUUUCUUGAGUUAUGUGUGAAAUAUUAAUCAAGUGUUAAUAUUAAUUAGUAAUACAA